GUGAAUGUGUACAGUUGCGGAAGUACUAACGCCCCCCCCCCCUUCGCAUUAGGUUUUCCAAGGGAAGCCAUAUAAAAAGGAUUUAUUAUUAAUUAUAAAUAAAUUGUUAGUUCCUAAACCACAAAAUUACAUUUCUUAACUAUCCCAAAUUGUUCCCAAAUGAUUGGAAUUGGUUUCAUCCUGAAAUUGGUUAUUUGGCUGCUAGCUGUAUGUCCGCGGGCUACCUCUCGUUUUUUGCAUUUUUCUUCUUGCCUGGCUUUGCCCCAGCUGUUGAGGGGGGAGAAGUGUAGAACAGUAGAAAAAGUGAGAAUACAGUGAGAACAGAGGCUAUCGUAAUCUUGAUAAUUUUUACGUAAAUAAGUUUGAUAAAUAGUUGUAGCGUGUGAUUUAUGUGUCUGUGGGACUCUUGGUGAGGUAAAUAUGGAGUAUGCGGAGCCAGCUGACUCCAAGGAGCUCCUGGCCACCCUGGAGACGUACAGAAAGCUUGCCGAUGAUUUUACCAACCAUGACACUAUUUUAAAGGACAGGACAGUGCUAUCUUACCUCGCAUACGUCCUCGAAGUACCUGAUCCUGAUAUUGUGGAGCUGGCACUUGAUAUUCUCGAGAUAUUCACAAAAAAUGUUGAAAAUUACGUUCACAUAACCUCGACUUUUGGGGUACGAGAGGCACUCGAGGCUGUUAUCAACAAGUACUGUAUUGAUACACCGAAAUUAGCUAAACAUGCACAGAGUGUCAAGGAUGAUAUUGAGAGGAUGAAACCGCCUAUUUAUAAUUUGAGGAGCCGAUGUAGGAGAGUUAUUGAACCAAAGAAACUCAAGACUCAUGUUAUUGUGCUUCACGUCAGCGGUUUGUUACCUGAAACUAGAGCAGAGCUGGAAGCUACACUCAUUAGAAUUGAGGGACUUAUUUCACUUGUUCUCGAUGUCGAACAUCAGAGGGUCACUAUGAGAACUUUAGUUAAUGUUACUGCUAGAUCCAUUGCUGAAGCAAUUCAAGAAAACACUCAAAAUAUGGAAGCGAGAUUAGUUACCAGAAAUAAGUACAAUCAAGAAUUUUUAGUUAAACUGACCAGUGAAGAGAAUGGAGAAUCCAACGAUUUUCCCGAAUACUUGCCAGAGGAAGAGGACAACCAAGAGGACCAGAAAGAGGGUGUGGUGUCCCUCCUAACAGGCCUGAAACAGAGUGCCUCGACUCUCUACAAAUCAACCGCUGAAUUUUUGCACAAUUCGUUCUACUGGUGAAUCGCAGCCAUGGCACAUCCACAAAAAGAAUAUCAAAGAUGAAUCUUGAUCAGUCGUUUCUAUGCUCGAAGCAAAAACGACGGCUCUCAUCCCAUAGAAAAAUCAUGGCCCUCGUCCCCCGACUGCUAGUGAUUUUAUCUCCAUUCGUUCCUGUGACUGUUCAUCUAGCAUUUUAUCCAUUUAAACUAGUUUUGAUUGAUUUUUUUUUGUCUCAAAAAUUAAAACAGUAUUAAGAUAUGCAGCUGUUGAAGGGGCUUUCUUGCUGAUGAACUGGAUUAUUGUUAAUUCGUUGUUAUUGGAUGAUACCUGAAGACUGUGUUGAUGAACACGCAUUUUUGAUCAAUUUGGGACGAGACAAUGAAUGGGAAAUAAUCUGUUGAGAGUUAUUUUUUAAUCGAUUAAAUGCAAAUGUUGUAAUUAUAUAAUAGACUUUAAAUGUCCUCGGCGUUACUCAAUGAGAGAGUUUACAGUACUUUCUACAGAUGACUACUAAGACAACUCUUAGAGGCUUAUUUUGUUAAUUUCAGACAUCUGGAUUAAAUUGUUCAGAGGGGCUGGAUAAUCAUGAACCAAAAGAAAAUCAGGAGUAAAGAAACUUUACUAUUAGAGCUAAAUUAUUCAAAUACAUUACUCUUAAAUUAUUCGUACUGCUACAUGAAACAAUGAAAAAAAAAAGAAUUUCCAAGACGAACCAGUGGAAAUUUAGCUGCCAAUUUUUCAAUCUUGUUCGUACAGAGUUCAUUCUCUCGGCUGUCGUGCAGUUGUUACAAUAUCAAGGGAAUUUAUUGUAUUGUCAAAAUUGUACAUCAUACGAAAGAUAUAAAUUUCUAAGGCAAUAAUUUGUUGACUCUGCCGCAGGUACAAUAAUUCGUUAAACUUUUCAUUUAGAAGUUGGUUAUUUUGGAAUUUAAGGCACUCUAGUGCAUCAGAAUAAAAUAGUCAAUAGUAUAAUUCAAUAAUCUAAAUACACUGGAUUUGAGAGAUUAAUUCUCACAGCUGCUAACAUUUUCCUGAAAAUCAAAAAUCUUUAGAUCUGAAGUUUUUUUAAAGCUAUCAUUUCGCCAAUUGUUCAAUACAAUUCUACAAAAUUUUACAAUUAUUGCAUAGAUACUGAUUCGUCCGUUAUUUCGUCUCUAAUAAUUUAAUCCUACAUCAUAAAUUUUGGGCGGCACGCGUGUAUAUAUAAAUACUAUUCCUUUUGAAAUGAGUAACCAUAAUUGCACGAUCCUUCCAUAAUCAUUCCUCCAUUGUUACUUUCCCCUGAGCGAAAGGACCCCUAUAAAUUCCCCAGAAUCCUUUGCCAGGUUAUUAAUUCAUGAGAUCCAAGGAAAAAAACUUCAUAAUUUAUGUACACUCUUGUCGUAGUCGCAAUUGAAUAGAUUACUUUUAAUUUCUUUUUUCUUGUUUUGUACAAAAAGAAAUAAUGAGCAAACACUCGAGGAAAAAUUUGAGUCAACAUCAUCCUCACAGUCAUGCAUUCUUUACGAGAGAAAAACAAAUAAAAAGACAUUCAGUCAUUCACA